GAAAAAAGAAAAAGAAGUUUGAUUGUUAUGUAUGUGGCGAACGUUAAUCGCAGAUCAAAGACAUGACAAUAUCAGUCGGAACUACCGGUCUGUCGAGCCCGCUUCCAGUCCGAACAACAGCGCAAAAUGUUGAAUGUUUUUCGUGCAUAAACACCUGCCAUUCUCGAAGAAACUCAAGGCGUCAAAGCGGAUUUUCGUUCUAAUCCGCCGCCAGUCAUGGGGGCAAAACGAAAACCAAAAGCUGCCACCAAGCACGCACAGCAAGUUAGUGGGCUCGAACGGACAUCCGUGGCUCGCUCCCCUACCAAGAGAGAACUCAGUGUAGUCCUCAGAAGAUUGGAGGAGUGCUUAAUCUACUUUCCGGGGAUCAAAACGUCGACCCCUCUGAAGAGCACGGCAGCAGUGGUGGCGCCUAGACUCCCCGAUUUCUCCGAGUCCGAGUCGCUUAGCGACGAGCAUGAGCCGCAAACGAAGAUACAAAAGCUGCGCAAGCCUAAGCACACAUUUAUGGAUGACAUCCUCACAACUAAAUCAGACGCCGUACGAGGGCGACGGAAUGGCGCGGGUACCGCGCUCGCUGCCAGAGAAGACGUGCACCCUAGCGGUGCUUCCGAAGGCGAUGAUUCCUCAUACCGCCCUCCGUCCGAGACGGGCACGGAGUUGACGUCGCAUGAGAGCAGCAGUGAGUGGGAGGAGUUCACCUCUGAUAGUACAUCCUCCACAUCUACAGAGAUCAGUAACAGGCCAUCCAGCAGGAUGUCUACAAGGGCAAAGCGCAACGUGAACGGGGGAACGAGCAGCGGCCGCAGACUUCAACGCCUCAGGCUUCAAAGUUCAAGAAGCAAGUCAGACAACAUUCGAGCAAGAGCAAGUGGGCAGGCGCAUCCCAGGAGACCAGCGACAGGAGAGGAGCUGUCGGAUAGGGACGACGGCAAAUUCAAACGUCAGCAAAAGAACGACACAAGCCGAACCAAACGAAAACCUGCCCUAGAAAGAAGGCUCGGAGCUACGAAAAAGCAGGUACCUCAUUCAUCGGGGGUCAAGAACAUAUCUAGAAAUUUGAAAAUAGUGGAGCAGAAAAGCAGCAGCAGUUGGGAAGAAUCCAGCUCUGUCACAUCAAUGGAAGACACAGAAUCGCUGACUAAUUCAAGAGACAGGAGAACCCAGCUUAGGAGCGUUAAGCAAAAGCAGCACGCUCGUCCCUUGUUUAACGACAGGAGAAAGAGGUGUCAUCGCCUCACAAAUUCUAAAGCGGCAGCAACCAGAAGGGAAGGUUCACCACGGCGCAGCUCGAGAAGCAGUGUCAGGGAUUCGGAAUGUUCGCAAGAAAAAGACACGGCACAAUCUGUUAAAGGGCCCCUUUCUACAAACCGAGAGGGCUCUCAACACAUGACCAAAAUGAGCAAGACUUUGGGUUCAAAAAGGAAGCAUGAGAGCAGCAAUAGCGGCAGUCGAAAGUCUGAAGCAGCAACACAGCCAAAAGAUUCCGAAUCACUCCGGUCUGGCGCGAAGAACUUGCAGACAAGAAGUCCUGCUGAACCGCAUGGUGGUUACGCUGACAGACGCAAAUCCCUUCAAGCCAGGAGAGAAAGCAUACUUUACUCACAGUAUUCAUCGGAUUCACCUGACGACAGUGACGACGAACCCAGUCACUUGCAGAGGAAUGCAAUGUCUCAAUCCAGCAAGGCAGACAUUCCCAGUAAACGGCUGUCUGUUAAUGGGUGUCGCAUCCGACUAGCAAGAAAGAGUACAAAGGUGCUGUCAGAGCAGGAGUCAGCAAGCAGUGACAGCUCUGAAGGGUGGUUGCCAGUGCAGUCACAACGGUCGAAAUGGGAAGAAUCCGAGUGCAGUUCUGGAAACGAGCAGAGAAAGUCUGGGAGCCCACUGCGAAGAGGACGAUCCAGUGAUUUUAUUACUUUGCAAGCUGGAAAGAGUCAAGUGGCCAGGAGCAUGCAUGUUGGAGCAAAGAAAAAAAAUGCAGCUCUGUCUGGUUCUUCGUCUUUGUUGGACGAGAGCAGUGACGACCUCGAAGUUUCUAAAGAAAAUGAUUGUGUUAGGAGGUGCAGUCGCAACAAAAACACAUGCCCUAGAAGGUGCCGUGCUCAGCCAGCUAGACUGGCAAGGAGGCAAGAUAUUGACACAAAAGAACAGCGUAUGAGAGACAGCGACAGAAGUGAAGAGCAGACUACACUAGACUUGGAGUCGGAGGUGCCCAAGAUUUUUGUAGAAGGCAAGCUACCGAGAACAGGAAAUGUUCACUCACAAGUAAGAAGUCGCAAGCCAGAAAACAAGAUCUCCCGAAUUAAAGGAGAGGACGAGAUUUCCCAUGAUGCUACCACGUCUUUGGAAGGCAGUGGUGAUGAUGUUCCAUUCUUCCAAAUCAAAGAUGUGACAAAGCCUCAAUCACGGCAGCCUGCAGCAAGAAAGCAAACGAAACUGCAGGCUUUUGUCGUAGGAGCAGACAAAAAGGCUAGGUCCAGAAGUCCUCUUUUGGCUGGUAAACAUGGAGAGUCUUCGCAUGACCACUCUAGCAACUCGCAAGAGAGUGGCGACAGUUCUGGCAACAAUUGGAAGAGUGGCAUUGUUCAACGUUCUACGAGGGGCGUUUCCAGCACACAUACAGGUCCUAAGGAAAGCCGUGCCCACUCGAUGAGGCUGACGAAGAUGAUGUCAAUCAAAAGAAAACGGCACCCAAGCAGCAGCAGCGGUCACAGUAUCGAGGAGGGUCUAACAACAGAGCCAGAAACCUGUCGGAGUUCAAGGGACCCAAGAGCCAAGUCGUUGACCUCCAAGCAACGACCGUUGAAAUCUAGGAUUGGCGCCACGCAAGAUAAAGAAAAUCCUGUGACCAGAAGAAGCUCGCUUAGGACUGAAAGGGACAACAACUUCACAGCAAGGAAGCAACCACAGACUGUUGUCGUUCUAGUAAGGAGCAGGCCCAGGGGUUCAUCUGCAGUGGGAAGAGAAGCCACCCCUCCAGCUCUCAUCUCCGGUACCACGGACAGCAGCCGUAAACUCAACUACUCUCGGAAAGACAAGGUUGCUCAGUCUAAAGCGGUCCUCGGUGAACAGCGAGGUCUCCAGGAGAACUCUGCUGAGCUGAAGGUGAUUACAAGGGCCAGAAAAAAAAACGCAAAGGGCAGGAGCCGUUCCUCCACCGAAGAAUUAGUAACAUCAGAGUUGGAGUCUGAGGGAGACGAAGGUGGUCUGCGAGUUCACUCCCCGGGCCCUGAACCGAGACCAGUGCAACCUAAGACUGACUUCACGAAAGCAGGAAGGAAGUGCAUGACUAGUGGUGGCCCCGUUAGGGCUAAGUACGAUGACAAAUCUCUCCGGGGCUCUUUGAGCCUAUCUGAAGUUGGCAGUGAUGGUUCAGGACACUUGAAGAAAAAAGCUUCCACUCAAUCUCAAACGGAGAACCUUCCGGCGAGAAACCGAUUGCGGCAGCGGACUGCCAUACCAGUCAAGGGAGUGCGUGCUGCUAGAAGUUCUGUCGUAGCAACUGGCAGAACACCUUCACCUUUCCUUUCUGGUCCGGUACACAAUGACAAUCAUUUAGAACAGUCUCAAAAGAAACUCGAUGUGCGACCUAGCAAAAAGGUCACUUUGAGCAAAACGUUUGCACGACCAGUCAAUGUGGUCAGCAAAACUAUUUUCUCGAAAGGACGUCGCAGCAGCACAAGGCAGGCACCGGCAACCGCCACAAAAUCGCGCACUGUGCCGACCGACCAACGGAAGUUGCAAGCGCAACCCGCUGUGCACGAAAAGCAUGCACCGCAAGAUGGAACUGAGGAGAUGGAAGUAGCGCAAGGUCGUCUCACCAGAGGUCAGCUAAUCAAGGCCAGAAGCGAAAGCAUGUCAUCGCAUGGUUCGUUACAUACUUUGAAGGAUGGAGAAAUCAAACAGUCUAGGCGAAGAACCCCUACCCUGAUCGCCAAAAAUAAAGUUGCCAAGAGGGAGCACACAGCAAACCAAGUCCGUUGUGUUAGUGAUACUAACAAAGAAACUGAGCUAAACAAAACACCUAAGCGAAGUGAGUGCGCUGCCCCGCACAAACCUAGACGAACCACAUCGAAAGAACUUGGAAAAGCCCAACUCAUAGCCACCAUGCCAUCCCGAUCCAGAAGCACCAUUGAAAGAGGACAGUUGCAAUCCAUACCAAAUUCAAGUGCUGCUGGAAACCACUCUAGCCCAGUAAAAACGAUGGGUCAGAAUGCUAACUCAAAGGGCGAUUCCAAGAAGAUUGUGACAAGGAACGCCAGAUCCAGAGUCCAAAUGCAGACGAGCUCUAGCGCGACUCAAGACGCCAAGACCAAAAGGGGCACCAGGCAAAAGAACACACUGGCCGAGAAAAGGAGCACUUCUGGUAAGCACACUACGGUCACAAAAGAGCUUUCAUUCAGCUCGCCAAGUGCUGUAAAUAGCAGCAAUCGUUUCACACACCUGCAGGAAGAAACCAGAACUCGUUCCAGUGAGAGGGUCCCCAAGAAGAGAGAUUUAGUAUCUGGAACAAGCGGCACUCUGCCUGAGAAGGCAGAAGGGAGUUGGCUAACAGCUGCGAACCAGCAGAAAGAAACAAAGAAGAAGGCUGGAAGUUCCAGUGCUGCAGGCAAAUCAGCCGACUUGCGAGUGGAAAAAGAGAAGGAAGCAGCUUUGAAGGUGGUGAGCCAACCUAAACAUUCUGAUGGUCCAAAUAAGCAGCACAAAAUGGAUCUUGCAGCUGGAACAUCACCUGCGAAAGUGGGGAAAAGUGUGGUUGGAGCACCUCAAGAAAAACAAACACCCUGGAAACCGAAGAUGAGGCAAUGUUUAGGGGCAAACGGGGCGAGCGAACAGGUAAGUUCUGCUUCCAGGCCAAGGAGAAAAUGCACUACAGAGCGUAGAAAGAAAGCUGCAGCACUGCAGAAGCGAGACCAGGGAACCGCACAGAAACAGCGAACGCAAACGGCUUCAAAAAACACGGCAAAAAGUGUGCUUGAGAUGGGUGGAACAAUUACUCGUUCGAAGAAGCAAUCCCAAACGGCCGGCAAAACCAAAGGCCCAAUUCAACGAAAGGUCAGGGUGCUCAUUGCAGCAAAACUGAGAGGCAAGAAGACUUCACAAGGAAAGUUUGCGCAACCCGCGAAAAAGCCGAACUCUAGAACUGAUUCAAAUAAACUAUACUCAGUUUCGCGUCGGGAAAAUGCAGCCACACCAGUCAACCAGAGAAGAUUGAGAGCCUCGAAGGAAAGGAAUGAAAAACCGCCGUCGGUAAAUCAGGCUACCGAGAGAUGUAGCUCUAUCACCGGUCCGAAGGCGCAACAUAAGACUGUUGGAGAUAGAAGCUCAUCUGCGGGGAUCCUGUUAACCACGUCGACGGCUAGCAAGAGGACCAAGGCAGCGGCGCGGCGAAAGCCAGCGCCUUUCCUACGCAAGAUUGAGCCGUCCUUGGCCACUGCAGCCGUCACAGCGGGAAAAGGAACCCUUAAGCGCAAGAGGCAACUGCGAAAGGUGGCCGAGGCACUGGCGGCUGCAGCGGCUCCGAGCGACGACAUCUACGAGUCUUUGGUCCCGUCGCCGAAGAGGAUGAUCUCCGAUUUUCUGUUUCGGAAAGACCCCCGGGAGGCUGCGGAAGACAGCCUGAUGGUAGCCGGCAUGAGGACCCCUCAGCUCGGAUCGUUUUGCGGGAGCCCCUGGAAGAACUCUCCAGUGGUCAGCCUGUGCAGUGCAACGUCGUCGCCGUUCCGGGCGGCGGAGGAGAUAGUGCACGCCAUCGAGAAGCAGACCAGUGCGCCUUACACCUCAUCGACGCCCAAAGCGAAGCAGAAGUCUCAUGGGGUGGUGAAGAACUUAUUGGGUAACUUAAACGAGCUGGAACGUCAUUUGCGGACUGUGAAAGAGAAGGAAGACCGUCUUGCCGAUUUGGAUGUGGAGCUCGACUACUUCAGCGAGGACAGUUCUGCGUUGUAAGUGCCUCGUGUGGUUGGUGUCGUACGGAAACUUGCUAUUCCGUGUGGUGUUCACUUUGUGUAUGUCCCUCAGUGAUUUCUCGGAAGGACACCGGAGAAGCCAGGCAACGGUGUAGCCAGAUGUCACCUCAUUUCUGCUCGAAAAAAAGAAAAACUUGAUUUAUGAUCAUCAUAAUCCCCCACUUGGCAUGUAGGGUGCUUUCUCAGUGAUGCACAGAACAUCUUCGUAAUCACAUGCACCCUUUAGUGCGUGUGAUUACGAAGGUGUGAAAGAAAUUUGUUUUGGGCGAGUUUGGUAAACACCAAUUCCACUCUGUUUCAUUCUUGGAGAGCAAAGCUGCUGGAGCAAGCCUGUGUCUUAAUUUGGUGUUUGAUCUGUGCAUGUGCUCACACCAAUGAGACACCAGAUCAGGGGUGGCCGAACUGUGGCUCGCGAGCCGCAUGCGGCUCUUCUUGAGUCCAAAUGCGACUCACGGCUCCCUGAUAAGCGUGCCCCCCUUCCCUCCCCUCUGUCCCCAAGACAAAAAGAGUUCUAGAAUUAUUUUUAAAAAAGCUCACUGUCUUGGCAGCUUUGCACUGCUACACUGUACAUACAGCUGGAUGGCUUUUUAACACAUAGAUGUGCUCAUGACCCCGUUUCCUUUUUUGUUCUAGAAAGGAUUUCGAACCGUAUACGCAUGACGGGCAUCGGGGACAGUGGCUGGCUAGCGAACCAUGCAGUGAUUUUUGCUUAGCGGUUGAAGGGAGGUUUUGCUGCCUGGUGUUAUUUGUUGUAGUUAACAAUCAUACUUGUCCCCUUUGGAAAGGACUUCCCUCCACAUCAUUUCUUGUUAAAAGAAGCCCCCCUCCCUUCUUUUUUUCUUUACCUGCGGCUCUCUAAACUUUUGUAGUUGUGUCUGUGGCUCUAACCCCAUGUCAGUCUGGCCACCCCUGCACUAUACUCUGUUUCACUAUAACUUGGCGAACUGUGGAGGCUAGGGCCCCACGACCCAAUAAGAGCGAGGCACUUGACCCCACAUUACGGGAGCAUUUGUGUUACCACGCUAAAUGCUAGGCGCGAGGCCCGGAGGAACCAGCUGUCGUCUGCUAGCAAAGAGUUUUCUGCUUUAAAACCAAGCAACUUCGGAUGAAUGUCUGCCCCACCAACAUACCUGUCUACUAGAAUAGCAAGCACUUCAGGAACAGUUCGUGAGACAACCAUGCGCUCAAUCUAGCUGCGAAUCUGACGAGUGCUAAUGCCAGAGCACAGUGCAAUGUUUUGAGUGUAAACAGCCAAUUACAUGGCAGUGAUCGUCAACAGCCAUGGCGCUACAGGGCGAAAAAAAUUGAGCGGAUACAGAUGCGGUGUCACUUUUUUUGGUUUAAAUAUAAUUGAAACUCGUAAAAUUUUUAUUAUUUAUUCUUUAUUCUUCAUAUCUUCUCAUUAUAGAUGAAAUUGUGCGAGUUCAAUUGCUGUUAAAAGAAAAGCCUAGAACUACUACUUGUCGUGGAGGGCUUUGUUGCUGUGAUGGUAAUGAGGCCCCGGUGGCGGGGACCAUGGAUUGUUAUCACGUGCCUUGCUCUGGCACCCUUAUAGGGUGUUUUCACACAACGUCAAUCUGCCAUUUUGUUGUUAGGUUGCUUUUUCAAACAAGUUUACUAAUUUGAAGGAUUACAUCGCAACCCGUUGAGGAGAUGUCAGUGCGGUAAGACUUAUAUGCUUGUAUGCUCUACGCAUAUGAGGGGUCAUGUAAAUCCUUGGAAUGAUCGCUUUCGGCACGUGCCAGGCAGCUCACGACAAUAAAAAGGUGAACGAAAUUAUGUCGGUGAAAACAGCCUCCACAGUUCGUCAAGUUAUCGUGAAACAAAGUAUAGAUGAUGUCACUGGCUCAUGCCAGUAGCUGAUGCAACAAUUAUUCUCUUUAUGGCAUUCAGUGUCGAUGUUGACAUCAUAUAGCAAUGGCAUGCAGAUUAGUUUGUCAUCGGUCUUCUGUUUAUCUCGCCAACCUCUUUAUUCCUCUGCCUUCCAAUUAUCCUUCUGUAUGAACUGUCUUGGCCAUUGCAGUCAACCUGUGUAUAUACCAAUAAUUUACUUUCAGACACAGUAUGUAAGCAGUAUAGAGAAUGUUGAGACAUCCUUUCGUGUGGGUCAAUCACUAACGUUGGUAACCAAGGGGAUACAAUGCUUUUCUAAUAUAAAGUUUCCUGCUUGUGAAUAUGCCCUUGGUGGCAUUGGUAUUGACUGUUUUUGAUGCAGAAGAGAUCUCGUCGCACUUCCGUGAAGCAAGUAUAAGACAUUCUGUUUUGCAAGUUUUCUGGUGUGCUCAAUAGCAGUCCAUACUGGUCAAAGUGCCCUCUUUAGUUCAUCAUAAAGAAAGUGCCUAUAAAAACGGUUACACAUGUCAGUUCAUUGGUACCUUUUAUUUUUUUGUGUGUGUUUUGUCGGAGGAUGUAAAAUCCAAGCUGUAUUUGUUUGCCCCUAAGCAUACAAGCAAUUAGAAGACAGUGUGGUUGCUAUAUAGGGGCAUUAAACCGGCCAUGUACACAUGCUGUAAUGAAGGUUGCAAAAGAAAAUUCCUGAAGUGUAUACCCUUUGUGCUUUAUCAAUCAUUUAUAUAUUUAUGUUUGCUGUAUUUUAGUGAUUAUUGUGGCUUGCUCCUUAAGCAGUGACCGAAGCGCUGCGCCAUUUGCGCUAAAUUGUGCCAUGAAUGAAUGUCUGCUACUUGUGCCAAAGCACCAUUUUUGCUAAAAAUUGUGCUACACACGAGCCAAGGUAGGCUUAAACAAAGCCAAAAAAAAAUAAAGAUAUUUUAUUGGUUGAUUUUAAUGCUUAGAAAAGUAGACGGAAGUGGAAAUGAUAUAAAUAUAUAUUUGAC